CCCACUGUGCUCUCUUCUUUUGAUACCUCGUUUGCUUCUCAAAGGGCAUCAUCCAAUGCGGUUGGGAAGUCGUUCAAGAGAGUGGGCAUGGAUUUACUCCAGAUUCUCGUUACGCUGAUAAAUUACGAAAUCAAGAACAAGCUCGAUUCAUCCCCUUCCUCGUCUGUUCCAUCCUCCCCCCAAGGUAUCAAUGAUAGCCCUCCAACUGUAACUAGCAGCACAGCGAUAACCGUGGAAAACCGAUCCGUUACACCUCCUCAUCAGGGGUCACACCAUUCGCAUAAUUUGCUGCUCCAGAAAUCGACGAAAAUCAUAGGUCAUUUCGCAAGAGUUGGUCGAGCAACACGGCCAAUGGCAAGGUUCCCGGGAUUCCUCACGUAAGCAUGUUUUGUUUUUGCGAAAAUACUGAGAUUACGAAAGCAUCCUUCUUGGUUGGGUUAUUUGACAUCGUAAGUCGAUGCUUUCUCAYAGUCCCCRUUCCGGUUGACAGCUCUAUUCUCGACUUGUGCAACAUAAGGCCUUACAGCAUGAUCCCGUUUGAAGCCAGACUGAGUUGUUUGUGGACAAUAGCUAACCUUGCUUGCAAUACUGAGAACAUGGCGAUGCUGAUUUCCACCCCAAAUCUCAUGGACUCACUGAUCACCUUGAGCAAUCGCCAGCCUUCUCCUGGCGAUUCGGUUGAAACAGUGAUGGAGAUCAUAAGGGCCAAAUCUAUCGCAUCGAGAACAGUUCUAAAUCUAUCAUGGUCACCGAAAAACAAAGUUUUGAUGUCCAAAAACGUUGCCCUCAUCCAAGCUUUGUGCAAAAUAGCCCUGCAACGAGAGGCACCCUACAGAAACAGCAAGACAAUGAAAGAUAUUCUKAUUCAAGCUCGUCGACAUUCGCUUGCUUCGCUCCGAAAUAUUAGUGCGGUACCAAACCAAAACAAAGUAGCACUUUGUAGAUACAACGAUGGAAAGCUGCUCGACAUUUUAACUGAUGUUGUGUUGAACGAGACGGAUGAAAACGUCGUGGAUUAUUCGUUUUCUGCUAUUGAUAACCUGACCAUCCCCGACACAGCUGAAGCUAUCGUCGAACGCGCUGCCUUAGUGCUCGCUCUAAAGAACGUUUUAUUGGAAGACACCGAUGAAUCUCGAAAAGGAAAUAACCAUCAUUCCAUAAAAUGCCAUUGCGCCUCGGCAACCAUUCUGGUUCUUGAACGGGCAAUCACACCAGACAAGCCAUGUUAUGAAAAUUUCAGAGAGCUUUUGGAUACUAUCAAUCCUAGCAAUCCCACAGACAGUACUGACGAACCAGCGGUACCUCUGAAUGCGACUGCGGUAUAGAUUCUUGUGGUGCGUACCCGUUGAAAGACCAGAGUUGUCAUAUUUCUUUUACAUUAUGCCUAGAGCACGAAAUGGUUUGAAUAUUUUGUAUGAUAAGCAUUGAAAUAAUUAGUAUAGUAAUAC